UUUUCUUCCGCCAGACAAUCUUCUUAAAGCUAUUUGUCUGUUAAAACAAUGCCAGACAAUUCAGCCCAACACUUGCACCUGUCUUAUUUGCAAGACAAAACAGCACAAGAUUCAGUGUCUUGGAGACUAAUCUUGUAAAUUUAACUCAUAAAAGUCGCAAAAUGUGAAGAAGUUUUCAGUGUCAAUUAUCUCAUCUUUUUCUCUUCUGUUAUCACUUGCAAAUUGUUUGAGCAAGUUUAAAGGAUAUGCAGCUGUUUUUAGAUUUCUUCCAUUUCAAGGUUUUUUUGAAUGUGAUAAAUAAUCUUUCCUGACUUGUGUUUGCUUGCUCAAGUAUUUUACAGUCUCCUCCACCACACACACAUACACUCACAAGUCUUUGGCAUCGCGACUGAAUUGCCUUUGACUCGUAAUGACUUUCUUUUUGCCUGACUGACUGGGAUUCCCGCACCAGUAAAGAUUUUAAAAUGUCCAGACAAAGGAUGUGGACAACAAAGAGUGGCAGCCUAGUACUGUUGUUCCUCCUCACAUGGUUACCAGACUUCUUGUUGCUCCCUGUAGUAAGACACAGUUGUAAGAUGUUUACUAAGAGGACAUGGCCACAGUAGGCGGUAACAUACGUGUUACCUUGGACUCCCCCCAGUUUCCCCUAUUCAUGUGCGGAAUCUCAGUGUUGGUGGGGACAUCAUUCAAGCUGGUGUUUUAAGGCCAGAGGGAGGCUCCCAGUUCAUUAGAGCUGUGUUUCGAGGGUUGGAGUAAGAGAGGGGUGCUACGUCUUGUGGUGACAGCGAGCUGUGGUGAAUAGUCCACCAGAAUAUUCACGGAGUUGCGGGGAGAGGGCCAAAAGGUAGCGGAGUGGCUGAGCUGAGAGGAACCAGAGGGAGAGUCUUUGGAAGAUGGCACCUGCCAGUUUGGUUUUUGCCUGGUUACUGUUCACCAUGAGGAUGGUCACCUCGGCAGAGUAUCUAGCACCUAAGGAGGAGGAGGAGCUCAAUGAAACUGUCACUUGCACCAACGACCAUAUGGAGGUUGUUAUUCCCAGUGCUUUCUUCCUCAAGAAAGUGCCUCCAGUUUACGUUUGGGAUUUGCAUUUAAAUGACCCAGAGUGCCGCGGCGUCGAGAUCGGAGAUGACUACGUUUUCAGCAUAAAGACGAACCUCUCUGACUGUGGAACAAUAAUGGCUUCAGAUGAUACACACAUCAUGUUCAUAAACACCAUACACAACAACGACACAAAUGUUAUAACCAGAAACUAUAUCAACAUAACAUUUAUGUGCCGCUACCCCAUCAACUACCUGGUCCAGCAACCCGAUGGUGAAAACAUGAUUAGAGUUGAUGUCAGAACCAUCACUCUGAACACAGAGGAUGGGAACUUUUCGGUGUCGAUGUCACUGUACAAAGAUGAAGCCUUUGAGGACAGAUGGACCACUGUGCCGUCACUGACGCUGGAUGAUGACAUCUUUGUGAAAGUUUUCAUGAUACCGGCUCACCUGAUGCUGCGUAUGGAGAGAUGCUGGGCUACACCGACCAGUGAUCCAUAUAGUAAUAUUCAGUACACCUUCAUCCGAGACAGCUGCCCGGUGUUAUCGAAUGAACAGACCCUGAGCGUGCUGAAGAACGGCCAGGGCCCUGAGGCCAUGUUCAGGAUACAAAUGUUCAAGUUUGUUGGCAGCUCUUACACCGUCUUCCUCCACUGCAACGUCCAGAUCUGCCACAACACGGCGGGGCUGUGCCAGCCUAACUGUUCCAGUGAAGGUGAAGAUGAGUUAAUCAGGAUACGGAGAGACAUCCCGCUGUCCCAUACAGUGUCUUACGGACCAAUCAGACGACUGCUAGCCAAUAGUGAAAAGCCCAGUCUGAAUGCAGGCGGAGUCCCUCCCGUGGAGACCUUUGUCCUCGGGGGGCUGCUGGUCGUCUUGCUGCUGAUCACAGGAGUGUUUGGGAGGCUGUGGCUCCGCUCCAGACGUUUCUACCCAGCACGAGAGGCGCAGCUCACCCUGUCCAACAUUCACCACAUCUCAGAGGUGGCCUCAUGAAUCAGGACAUGGACACAUAAACACAUAAACAUGUACAUUACAAAUGUACAGGUGUGAUUUAUGAUAAUAAUGAAAGUCUUGCAUGUGUUUCUCUUUGUAGAAUGAGUUUCUUGAAUUGUAAGAUAUCAGCUUGAAUAAAGGUCGCCUUCAA